AUGUUUCAACUUGAAAUACGAAAUUUAUAUUUAUCACAUGAAAAUUUUCAUCCAAAUAAUCCUAACACUUUAUCAAUUAUAUGUACAUUAUCAACAUCAUCAACAGAUACAACAACAAAUGAAUCAUCUGUUGAUCAUUCAUCUCAUCACAAUGGAACAACAAUACAUGAAAAAAUAGUAUUAGAAAUCGCUGCAGAACAAAUGCGUCUUUAUGCACAAAAAAAAUAUGUGAAGAACAACAUUCAAUUGAAGAACUUGAAGAACAAACACUUUAUGCAUUAUGUACGAGAUGCUAAUAAAAUAUCGACUGUUGGUUCACAUGAUAAUGGGAAUGGAUUUGAUUUAAAUAAUGAUGAUCAAGUGACUGAUCUUGUUCUUAGUUUUGUAAGAAACUUUGUGAAUAAAAUUUGUGAUGAAAGUGGAGUUAACAUAACACAUGAAAAUAGUCUUCAUACAAAACUUUAUCUAAUUGAAAAAGUCUAUCAUGAAACACGAAAAGUUGCAUCAAUACCAAAACCAUUAUUGUCACGUUUUGUGAUCAUCUCUGAAUUAUCUGAACAGGAAGAAUCAAUUGCUUUUCAUUCAUAUUUAUUACCAGAUGGAAGAAAUGAAUUUUUUAUUGGACAAAAUUCUUUAUUACUAGCUGAAGGAGCUUUAAUUAUGACAAAUUAUCGACUUAUUUUUAAAGUUUGUCCAGUUAAUCUAAAAGGUCUUAUUCCACCAAAAGAUUUAUCAACACAUCAAACCAUGUCAUUAAAAUCAAAUGGAACGAAUUCUACAGGUUUUCUUAAUACUUUAAAUGGUUCGACACGUCAUCAACCAAAUAUCUUAAUUCGAACACUUGAACCAGUACGACGUAGUUUAACAUUAGCAAAUACUCGUUCACCAAAAUCUUUGUCUUAA